AUGUAUUACAAGUCUCUUAUACCUGGGUCUUUGGCAUUACUUCUUGCCUCAUGUGCCCAGGCCUGCUCUCCUAGAUCUGACGCUGGAGAUUCAAACAAUCCAAUCGUUGUUGGAAAAGAUGGUCCAGCUCCCGCAGAGUCUCUAGGAUAUGCCAUCAACCACUUCGGCCUUCUGACGACCAAUCUCGAAGCUAUGAAACAUUUCUAUGGCGAUAUUCUGGGCAUGCGACUCCUCUUCGACGCCCAUGUUACCCCAGAGUACACCGUGACCUACCUGGGCUAUGCCCAAGGUGGUCGCAAUGGCACUGGUUUCCAGACUGGAGCUGAGCUGGCCCGCGACAAGAACAAUCUGUACGGGCUUAUCGAACUCGUGCAAUUCAACGUCUCAGAUGAUCAUCUCGUGGCGUCAACCAAGCGUACCAAUACGUUCAGUCAUGUUGGGCUUAUUGUUCCUGAUAUAGCGAAGACACAGAGUUACCUGGAAAAGCACGGUGUUACUAUUUUGAAGAGGGUCGGUAUGCCCGUCACUGAGAUGAUUGGGCCGCUUCAGAAUGCCUUUGGGAUAGGCGAGUUCGCGGGGGCACAUAUUGCUGCGAAACAGGCACUCAUUAAGGCGCAGAGUCUGAUUGGACUGGAGAUGUUGUUGAUGGUUGAGGAUCCUGAUGGGAAUAUGGUGGAGAUUCAACAGCAAGAUCCUCCGAGUGACUCAGUGUUGUAG